AUUGUACUAUGACGUCAAAAGUACAAUGAUUGACAGUUCAAAAUGAGUCAGUGGUGUUUGCUCGGGUAUGAUUCUUGAGUAUAAAAGCAUGGAUGAUGCGUCUAAGCUCAAAGUUGAACUAUAGCGAGCCAUAUCAAGAUAUCAGACAAUACAUACAGUCAAUUUCGUUUCAAAUGAUUAAACAGGAUAUUAUGGAAUCUGUUGAUAACUACUAUGAAGAUGGAAAACUUUCUAGUGAACAGUUUUUGGACGAGGAAUUUGAAAUGCGAUCCGAACCGAAUUCGCGGACAUCUUCCAUAAAAUACAAGAAACGACCAACACUACUUGCGGACUUUGACGACGACAAACGACGAAACAGCCUUCCAAUUACAACCGAAAUGGCACUGUCUGGUUCGUUUUCAGACCAUCUUGUGCAUAAAAGACAAAAAGUCAAAAAAGUAAGAUCGUUCCGAAUGACAUCAAAGGGUAUUAAAAACGACAUAGAAGAUGAACGCCGACAAAGUAAUGCUAGUAUUUAUUCAGCGGUUUCACAGAAAGAACUUUUUCGAAAACGUCUAUCAAGCGAAACAUCCGAUGAUAGCGCCAUAUGUUGUGGAUGUUCGUCUACUUCAUCUACUGGAUACUAUCGUGUGUGUGUGAUGGGAGCUGACGCAGUUGGUAAAACAGCCUUGACCAAUCAGUUCAUGACGUCAGAACUAUUAUGUUCGUUUGACAUUGAAAAUGACGAACUAGACGAACAGACAUUAACAGUGGUCAUAGAUAACGAAGAGUCGACUUUAGAAUUCAUUGAUUUCUCAAAACACAAGGAAGACAUUGAGAGAAAUACCUGUCAUGCUUGUGACGCAUUUAUUGUUGUCUUUUCUGUCCACGAGCGACAAUCAUUUGAUGUGGCUACAAAGUACCUCACUUACCUUAGACAUGAACUCUUUAUAGACAGAGCUAUUAUUUUAGUGGCAAACAAGGUGGAUUUAGUCCGUAAAAGACAAAUAGCUUCCGAAGAAGCAAAACAACUCGCCAUCAAAUACAACUGUAAAUACACCGAAACAUCAGCAACCUUCAAUCACCAAGUUGAUGAACUUCUUGUCGGUGUUCUGAAACAGAUUAAACUUAAACUCAGUCCAGAAGUUGUUGACAAAUCCACACUUGAAAUUUCAAAAGGAGGAGUAAAACAGUCUAAAGGACCCAAGGGACUUUUAAGUAAACUUUUUAGAAGAAAAUCGAAACCAGUCAAUGAAGUUGUACUGGAUUUUGAUUGAAAAUUACGCAAUACACGUUACUACUAGACUUUAAAGAUUUGAACCCCCUCCACAAGAAGAAUUGUCAGUACUGGAGAAUGUACAGUUAGUAGUUAGCGAAUCCAACGACAAGGUUCUAGUUUUUUGUCGCCUGGUAGCUGAAUAUUGUAGAAUAUUGCAGAAGUAAGCUCCCAACAGAUUGGUAAUGUUGAGAAAACGGAGUCUUGUGGUAUAAAAUGCUGCAUACGUGCUUAGGAAAAGUACACAUCAAAGAUAUUAGAUUGAAACUUUGAAACAUUGACAAUUUGACACUUUGAAUCACCAUUGACUAAAAACAUUGUAAAUAUCAUAUUCAUCAUUCAGUCAACGUACACAUUUACCAUUCCUUAUUUUUGAUACGAAUAAAUUUAUAUAUAAAGUA